AUGCACGUCUGCAUCGUCAAGCUGCUGAAGAACCACAACGACGAGAGUCUCGAGGUUCUCUGCAGACUCCUGUCUACCAUCGGCAAGAGCCUGGACCUCGAGAAGUCAAAACCCUGUAUGGAUCAGUACUUCCAACAAAUGGAGCAGAUAGUAAAGGAGAGAAAAACAUCUUCAAGGAUCCGCUUCAUGCUGCAGGACGUGUUGGACCUGAGAAAAAAUAACUGGGUUCCCCGGCGAGGUGACCAGGGCCCUAAAACCAUUGACCAGAUCCAUAAAGAUGCAGAACUGGAGGAACAAAGAGAGCAGAUUAAAGUGCAGCAGCUGCUUCUGUCCAAGAAAAACUCGAGUCAAGAAAGACGAGGCAAAAUGAAUCAGCCUCAGGAGGAGGGCUGGAACGGGGUACCCAGCAGGACCAAGAAGCAGCCCAUCGACACGCCUCACCUCACUGAGGUACUGAAAGACCUGAGUGCAAAACAACAAAACCAUCAAUUUAUGACGAGUUUGUUUGAGAAAUUGAAAUGAAUGUAAUGUUCAUAGACCAUAAAGUGGCUUAAGGUCAGUUUGUGUCCUGACGCAGGACGGUCGGCCAUGGGCACCCUGAACCGAUUCUCAGUCCUUCAGCAGUCAGGACCUUCAUCCACAUUGUCCUCAUCCUCAUUGGACUCUAAGUGCAGAGUUCCCCAGGACCAAGAGCUGGACAGGAAAGUGAGCAAACCGGCUCUGAGUGAGGAGGAGGUGGAGAAGAAAACCACCGCCAUCAUAGAGGAGUACCUGCACAUCAACGACCUGAAGGAGGCAGUACAGUGUGUAGAGGAGCUGAACGGUGCGUCUGUGCUCUUCGUCUUCAUACGUAAUGCUGUGGAGUUGGUGCUCGAUGGCAGCACCGUCGCCCGAGAGCGCAUCGGCCUUCUGCUGCACGAACUGAUCAGCACCAGGAUUUUACCUCCUAAGCAGUACUUCAGAGGGCUUCAGGAGAUUCUGGAGGUGGCUGAUGACAUGGCCAUCGACAUCCCUUACAUCUGGCAGUAUCUGGCAGAGAUCAUCACACCCAUGCUGCAUGAUGGAGGAAUCCCCAUGGGACUGCUCUUCAGAGAGGUGACGAAGCCAUUGCUGCCAAUAGGAAAAGCUGCUGUGCUGCUGGUUCACAUCCUCAACCGACUGGUACGUAGUCACAAUAAAGCUGGUGCUUUGUGGAUUGAUGCUGGACUCAACUGGAAGGACUUCCUACCUGGGGAUGAGGAUGUCAACAAGUUUGAGACACAGCAGAAAGUGGAGUUUACGCUGGGGAGGAGACCAGAAAGAAGCAGCUAAAGAAAGAAGGAGAAGCUGGAAAAGCUGAGAAAGAAGGAGCUGAGACUUUGAGCUGAGACCAAGAAGCUGAUCAAUAAUAUUUAAUCAGUUGUCAUGAGAAUAAAAGAAUCAUUGAAAUAAACAUUAGUGACAUUGUGUGUAGAAAUGUAUGGCCAUGUGCUUGUUUUUGCUCCAAAGACUUGAUUUAGAAGUUGAAUCACUCAAAACCUGCCAUGUGAUAACAGUUCUUUGUAUGUGAAGAGAUAAACUCCAUUUCCCACAAUGCACCAUGGCCUACAAGCAUGGCUGUACCAGACUCCAACACCCACUACAACACAGCCUCCUUCAUUUUGAUCAUUUUCAUCUAAGGACUUUCACAUCAUCUUUUCAAGGCACUCCCCUCCUGCCGAAGACUGUGGUCCAUCAAGACAAAACCUCAUGCCAUGAAAACAGUUUCUUUUUUGAUCAGCAACUGGCCUCAUCAACAACAUGCAGGACACACCAUGGUCUCUUAUCUGCCUACUUGGACGCACAAACCCCCUUUGUUUUGUUUUGCACCCGCACCUUAUUUUACCUUCCUACCUCAAACUGAGUUUUGCAUUGGUCCACUAAUGUACAGUUAAUGUCCACUUAAUGUUUCUAUCUGCACUGACUGUAGCACUGCUAAUUUAAUGCUUGCACUGGUUCACUCUUUAUACAAUAUAAUACUGCACUAUUACACAUGUCAUAUUUCCUCUUGCUAAAGAUUUGCUUAGAUUUUUCUUGAUAUUUUUUAUAUUUAUAUUUUUAUUGUUGUGCACCAAUAUACCAAGGCAAAUUCCUUGUACAUGUACUUUGUCUGUGUUAUGUGUAGCACCCCUGGUCUAGGAGGAACGUUGUUUCACUUCACUGUGUACUGCAUUUGCUAUAUAUGGUUGAAGUGACAAUAAAGCUUCUUUGACUAUGACUUUGACUUAGUAAUAAAUCUGAUUCUGAUUCACGUUUUUUUUAAAGGGACAAGCACAUAGCUGCUGCUAUGAUAAUGAAUGACUAUUGGGACGUGGACAUGAUUGUGCCCCAUCAUUGACUAUACUGCAAUCUUUGAGCACAUGCUGUACUGGGGAAU